GUCAAUGUAAAAAAAAAAAACAGGCAAAAACUUUUCUCUUGUACUGACAAAUACAAACACGUGGCGGUGAGGAAACAGAACAUGAGAAAUUAUUUCACCUGACUGUAAUGGUUUGGGCGACACGGCUUUGUUUGAGGCAUUUUUUCUCUUUCUUGGCGAGCCAUCGGGCUGUAGCCGACUUGCUAGCUAACAUUAAGUUCGAAGAAAGUGGAGAAGACGGCGGCUGAACCGGAGCUUAUCCGCCCACUCAGACCUAUGCGACGGACAGCAGGUGAGUGAUGGAGAUGAGAGAGUUGACUGUGGUAGCCGGCAGCUUCGUGGGUUUCCAGCUGCUUUUCUUAGUGGCCAGCCCGUUACUCUCUUCUGCCAUCACGCCGGGUUAUGCGCAGCUGCCACCCACGAAACUCACUGAGUGGAACUCCAGAUUGGUGUCGACUGUGCACGCUCUGAUAGUGGGACUGUUCUGUUUGUACAUCCUGUGGUUUGAUGAUGCUGUCAACGCCAACCCUGUCUGGGGUGACCCCCAUCUUGUCAAAUUAAAUGUAGCCAUAACAUGCGGCUACCUACUUUAUGAUCUUCUGCUGCUAGCAUGUAACUGGAGCACAGUGGGAGACAGCUUCUUUGUCUGGCACCACUUGGCGGCGCUCUAUGCAUAUGGAUAUGUGCUGACACGCGGUGUGCUUCCAUAUUUUGCCAACUUUCGUCUCAUUUCAGAGUUAUCCACACCAUUCGUGAACCAAAGGUGGUUCUUUGAGGCAUUAAAGUACCCUCGCUCAAACCGGAUGGUGGUGUUAAAUGGUGUUGCCAUGGCAGUGGUGUUCUUCCUAGUGCGUAUUGCAAUUAUGCCAUCUUACUGGGUCAGCGUUUUUGCCACCUUUGGCACUCCAGAAUUUGAGCGCCUUGGCUUUGGUGCCCAAGUGGCCUGGAUCACCUCCUGUGUUGCCCUGGAUAUCUUGAACACAAUCUGGAUGUAUAAGAUCACCCGUGGCUGCUACAAGGUGUUGACUGUGACUAAAGUACACCAGGUUAAGGAAGGAGCAGAGGCACCGUCAUCCACAAACAAGAAGAAGCACAUCAACAACCACUCAGACUGAAAUAUGGAUCACAGGAACAAGGGGACAAAGGAUGCGUCAGCACAGUCACAUUCACAGAGAGGGGCUGGACAUUUUGGAACCUCUCAGCCUCUGCUGCUGCGGUCUUUGUGUCCCUUCAACCUCACAUCCUCGAAGUCCUGUAUCUCAACCCUGAGAUCUCCUUGGCCAGUGGACAAGGCUAAAAGUCCUCAGGUUCUAACUCUGACAUGAAACAAGAAGUCUGCUCUGUUACAUACUGGAGCACCAGCCUCAGCUGUCUGUUUUUACUGACAGAUACAAUGCUGCUGGGUGACAGCUCUUUGUUGCAGAUAACAAAAUAGCACUCUCAAGCACACGUUCAUCUCCGUCACUUGACGUCGUCAUUAUUACUAAUAGUUUUUCCUUUCACCUCAUCUGUCUCCCCCUCACUCUCAACUUCUACCAAAGCCCAAUCAUCUCAAGUGCCUGUGAAAGACAGGAAAGCAAUAAUUAUGAAAGAAGUAGAUCACAGUUGAUAAGAGCAUAGUAGCUUCAGAAAUUUGACCAUCUCGUAUUACUCCUGAACUACUGGAGGCCUCAUUUGUUGUCUGUUACAUACCCUUGUAGAGACAAACUCCCAUCCUUUGUCUUCAGAGUAAACAACUCUCACCAGACUCUUGCCAUGUUUUGGAAUCUAUAGGGCUCAUGUAAUAAACCCACCAGUCCUAACAAAAAGACAGCCAGAAAGACACCAUAAUGCCUCUUAUAUGGUAUCACCUGCUGUGGCCUCCUUGUAACAAGUGGCGCUUGCCUGUAUCACCAGCCUUACCCCUUCAUCCUCCUUGUAAUCUGAACAAUAAUUAACUAACUAUAUAUACACGAUACAAUAUAUGACAGCCUAAGCAUGCAGAGACUCAUGGAUUAUGGAUUGGCAAGCCAGUCACACCUACAACAUAUUUGCUUCUCAUUGGAUAACGUUGCCUUUUCAGUUGUUGUGACAAACCCAAAUGUUCUUUAUUUCCAACUUGCACAACUGGCCACCUGUCUGCAGCUCUUGUUAUUGCCAUUUUCUCCCCAUUUGUUACACUGCAUCAAUUCUUUGACAGGUUACAGUGCUAUGGCUUUUUCACAUGACAUUCAUCACAAUCAUAUGCCUCACUGGAGAGGGGGUUCCACUUUCCAGCAUGUCCUCAUGGUCUAUUCUACCCAGAGAUGUGAAUUAGUAAGAAUUUUUCCUAUCAAAGCCAUCAUUGGUUCUGCUUAUUGAUCCAGUCCUUUAUUGAUUCUGUUAUCGAUUCCUGUCAAUUUCUUAUGUAGCAAAACGUAGGUCUGCACAGGUUUUCAGUCAGGAUUUGAAUCAGGAAUUGGUUCCAGUUGAGAGGCAGUUCCAAAUUUUCUAUUCCAUCACAAUUGUAUGCAUCAGGUGUUAUCAAUGCGUCAUAGCGAUGUCAGGAUUUCCAUGUUACAGAAACUUGUGUUAUGAUUUCAGAUGCAUCAGUCAUGGGUCUAGCAAAAAGGAAAACAACUGCAUUGAUGCUGAAAACCUGCAAAGGCCUACAUUUUUCUACAGGGGAAAAAAAGAAUUGAUCAGAAAUCAAUAAAGAAUCAAACCGAUAAGCAGAAUCGAUAACUAAAGUCUCAAUCUUCAUCACGAAACUACAGCAUCAAUGCGGCUGUUUUUCUUGUUGCUUGAAACAGAGGUUGACCUCGUGAUGUCAGAUGUGACGUCCUAACCUGUGACUUUUGUCGAAAUUGAUAAGAAUUGAUUACAUGUGAGGUAUAAGAGUCUAAUGGAUUGGAAAAAUUUGGGUUCAGUUCUCACCUGGAAUCUGCUUUCAGUUUCCAUCCCUAAUUCUACCUCUCCCGACAUUAUUAAAAAGUUUUGUCAGGAACUUUGUCAUAACUUGGUAGACUGGGGGGGGGGGGUCUGCUUUGCACUGUACAGAAUAAUUGUGUAGCCUGUUUGUGAUCUCGCUGGUCCAGGCCCCCGUCUAUGGAACUGCACACAGUUCUUCUCACAAAACUGUUUUCAGUGUCUUUUUAGAGAGACACCCCUAGAGGCUAUUAUGGCCCAAAUUAUCUCUUCUGUUCUUAGUGACUAUGAGAACCUAAUUGACAGUAAAGAAAGUUGCAGAGAAAGGUCUUUGUGUCUGCAUAUGUACAUGUGUAUUUGUUACCAAAUACAGUGACUUUGUAUGAUUGAAGUCACUGCAUUUGGUGUAGAAAGUCAGUCAUAGUAGUAAUGGGACAUUUUUUAGACUUCUCUAAUAAUCAAGUUCAGGUGGAUGUAUUGCAUUUUACAAAAAGUGACACUUCCAGACGAGGUUCUAUGACUGCAGAAUUUGACACAUUGUUUUUGUUUAUGUAAAUUCUAAUUCACGGUUACUGUGCAUGCCAAGAUUGACAUAUUUCUGUCAUGUCUUAGUGAAUAAUCGAUACAGCUGAGCAGCAUCUAAUUACUCCUUGCAUCAACCUGGCUCGCUUUCCAAAAUUAUUGUUUUAGCUAAGUAUAUUGAAUGCAUGCAUUUAGAAUUCCGAUUCCUUUCUGCAUGCCUCUGCAUACACUCAUACGACUGCUGUGCAGACAGCGUCUGCGUGGGGCUGAAUCACAAUGGUAUGUAACCACAUUCUCUAUGCCAGCUGGAAAUACUACUUUUUUUAAUCAAGUGAAUUCAGUAAUUGUUUUUCAUCUAUAAUCUGCUAUUGGCAGAUGAAAACGUAGUGAUCAAUACAGCUGUUUUAAUGAUAGACAAAUGGAUCCUGUCAAUGACGACCUGCAAAGUUUAUACUCUGCUAGCAUGUUGUUUAUUCCCAUUUGCAUUCUGCCGAAACCUUUGUUUCUGUCUAUGGUCGGGUGACGGUUAAGGUCUUCUGAGAAGGUUUGCAUGUUUACACUGUGGAAGUAUACAGCACACACCCUGUGGAGCAAUAACCCAGUGAUUGUCUGUACUUCUGUCUGUCACCACACAGGACGGGCUACAGUUGUUCCUUCACACAAACAGUGGGCACAGUCGCAUUUGUAUUAGCAUGAUUUUUAUAUAAUAUCAAACCAAGUGACUAAUACUUUUUCUCUCUCACCUCCUCUGUGUUUCACGCAUUUACUCCGUUUGUAUAUAUUUUUAUAAUCUGCCUGCACAAUGAUUAAUCCGGCCAAGUAUUAGAGUCUGAAGCCGAGCCCUCUUGGGGAGCAGCAUUUGUCGUGGAUUUUAUCCCCUCCUGCUCUGGUGAAUACAGGGCCAUGUGUCUAUGAAAGUUGAUGAAAUUUAGUGGCAUUAAGAUGAGCUUAAUGUACCCAAGGUGUCGACAAUGAAAUGUUUUCUUCACUUUAGCUCUACACCACAGCAGGGACAUCAGAUUUUUUUUUCCUGACCUGUGAGACUCAGAGUUGUGUAUAUUUGUAGAAUAAAGCUGUAUUAUCUUUUAAUCAAGAAACUAAUCAUUUGACUACAGUAUAAGAAGUUGCUUACCAGUAACAUUAAUUCGCCUGCUGCAUUAAAGUCACCUUUAUUUAUGUUGUUGACUGUGAAGUGAGGCUGUUCUGUUACACACCUUGUUCAUGAAAAAUCCACACACACAUUUUGCCCGAUUGUUCCUGAACUGAAAACCACUACUGAGCUGAGAGUUUUUGUAUUCAUCAGGGGUUUUCUACAGAACACAUUUCAACAUCCGAAAAUCUCAUUGUCCAUCACACGUGUUGGCUUUUUGGAAACUGACAGAAUAAACUGAAUGAUUUACGUGACAUGGCUGCUUUUUAAAAGGUCUAAAUCAAUCAGUCAUUUUUAUGGUUUCAUGUGGAUUGAGCUGUUCAUAGGGGUGUGCAUCUCUCCCUUUAAAUAAUGUGACAUGUAUCUCGAUGUAUGGGCUAAAAUAUGAAUCAGCAACCAUACAUUUUACUAUAGAAUUAUUUGAUUUGAAGCAAUUCGGUUUGGCAUGAUAUGUUGCAAUCAGAUACAGUUCUUUGUUUAUUGUAGACAUUCAUCUUCGAUGAUAAAUUAGACUAAGACAAGUGGCAUUGCUUACGGUAUAUUUCAAAACAUAUUUCAUGAAAAAAUUGAUUUUCUUCAAGUUUUUGCUACUGUGGUGCAGCACAUUGAUGCUGCCUCUGCUCACCUUUUGUUCACCACUGGGGUCAGCACUACAUACAGUAGCA